GGCUUUGUUUUUCAGCACCUGAGGCCGCCGGACCGGUCCAGCUACCAGGCGGGCGGCGCCUUUGCAGAGCGUAAUAAAGGCACAUGGUCCUGACCUGACCUCUCUCGGGCUGAAAAGGGGCGGCGCCGGCAGGGUGGCAGGUUCCCAGGCGACCAGCGGUGCCCAGUGGUCCUGACUUGCUGCUGAAUGCCUAUCGCCGAGGAGGAGAAGCUGCUGCCGCUCACGCAGAGAUGGCCCCGGACGAGCAAGUUCCUACUGUCCGGCUGCGCCGCAACCGUGGCCGAGCUAGGUACCGGCCGCCCCCGCCUCGGCCUCCCCAGCGAGUGGCUGCGGCAUCGUGCUGGGGGAGGGAUGGGCGGGCAGCCUCACUCCUGGCUGGAGUGCAUCUUCAGAGGUUGGACCCUCGCAAGGAUGUGGUCAGGUGCCCAGUAGGCCAGCUUCGGGAGGAGCGUGGAUUGGAGGUGUCCAGGGUCCUUGUCUUCCCAUCCCCAGGGAUGUUGUCUUAUGCCUGACAACCUUUCCCCUCGAUCUCACAAAAACCCGACUCCAGAUGCAAGGAGAAGCUGCCCUUGCUAGGUUGGGAGAUGGCGCAGUGGACUCUGCCCCUUAUAGGGGCAUGGUGCGCACGGCCCUGGGAAUUGUUCAGGAGGAAGGCUUCCUAAAGCUGUGGCAAGGAGUGACGCCCGCCAUUUACAGACACGUAGUGUACUCUGGAGGUCGGAUGGUCACCUAUGAACAUCUACGGGAAGUCGUGUUUGGCAAAAGUGAAGAUAAGCAUUAUCCCCUCUGGAAAUCGGUCAUUGGAGGGAUGAUGGCUGGUGUCAUCGGACAGUUUUUAGCCAACCCCACUGACCUUGUGAAGGUCCAGAUGCAAAUGGAAGGGAAACGCAGACUGGAAGGGAAACCCUUGAGAUUCCGUGGAGUACAUCAUGCAUUUGCAAAAAUCUUAGCUGAAGGAGGAAUCCGCGGGCUUUGGGCAGGCUGGAUACCCAAUAUUCAGAGAGCAGCGCUUGUGAACAUGGGAGAUCUAACCACUUACGACACAGUGAAACACUACCUGGUAUUGAACACACCGCUUGAAGACAAUAUUUCCACCCACGGCUUAUCCAGUUUGUGUUCUGGACUUGUGGCUUCUAUUCUGGGAACACCAGCCGAUGUCAUCAAAAGCCGAAUAAUGAACCAACCUCGAGACAAACAAGGAAGGGGACUUUUGUAUAAGUCAUCAGCUGACUGCUUGAUCCAGGCUGUUCAAGGGGAAGGCUUCCUGAGCCUGUAUAAAGGCUUUCUACCCUCGUGGCUGAGAAUGGUAAAGAUGGGGGAGGUUCUAUUUCUUCCUUUACUUUUGUUUUCUUUGUAUUUCAGUUACUUGUCCUUUGCAGAUAGUUUUCAUUCUGAACUCUGACGCGUGGCAUGGCCUUGCCUGCACAAGAGGCCCAUUCAUCCUCCCCUUUUAAAAUAUUUAUUACAGGGUUGUUGUUUUUUCUUUUUUCUUUUUUUCUUUUUCUUUUAACCUUUCCUUAGAAUCUUGUUUCCUUUCUUGACAGACUAAGGCUAAGUGACCCUGUCACAUUUACUAAUAAACAGGUUGAUAAUCUAUUACAUACAUAGAUAAAGACAGAUUUUUUUUAAGUGAUAUAAAGCCUUAGCCUUAGCUAAAACAACCUAGGUUGGGAUGGAUAUAGAGAUUUCAGAAUUUCUAGGAAAUGUUGCUGCUUCAGAACUUGUUUUGACGACGGAGUUAUACAGGUGUGAUUACCACAGAGACCCCACUUUAAAAGAGCUCCAUGGCCCGCUGUGCUUCUGCCAUUUACUCCAGUGUACUAAACAGUUAGUGAUGCGGUAGCUGUAAUUCAUAGCACAGUUGUUUUGUAAGUGCUUAUACUUGAAAAUGUGGAUGAGUUAUGGGGCUAGACAAUCAAAAAUCAACACAGAGAGAGAGACAGAGACAGAGAGACUUGAGUGCAUGCCCUAUAAAGUAGACUUAACUUUGAAUAAGAAACUAUAAAUGUUGGCUGUCACAGGAAGACUUUGUAGGGCUUUGGAGAUACACAGCAGUAGGUACAGGUACAGUCUACACUGGGCAAUUCCGAAGACCUCUCCCUAAGAGAGACUUGAAGACUGAAUAGGGCUUGCCCAAACAAAAUGGUAAGAAAACGUUCUCUGGAGAUGGGUGAGAGUGUUCCGAGAGCCCCAGGGCAGGGGAGUAUGGAAAACAGAACUGGCCAGUAUGCAGAGAACAAGGGGAAAAGCAAGGCAGAGAGGCUCAAAGCAGACAGACGGGGUGAACCAUGCAUACUCGGAUGUGCUGUGGCUUGGCCAAUUCUGCACUUCUAGAUUAUUCUGUAUUUCCUGUGUUGAGAAAAAGGCCUGGAGCGAUCAGUGAAACAUAGUGGUGGUACAGAGAGAAGUCUGGCAGUGAGGGAAGAGGAUGCCCUUCCAUAGGUCGUCGGGGCAUAGAAGCCUGACUGGAUGAGGGUAGCUGAGUGGCCAGAGAAGAUAAGGGGAAGAAAAACCAGGACCUGGGCAAUUGUUGCUGCCAGUAGUUUGUCGAGAUGGGCAUCAUUUGCAGGGCAAGAAAUGUAGAUUCAGUAAAUGCGAUUUUCGAUACAGAAUGUUUGGGGUACCUAUUGGACAUCUGAACAGAUAAAUACACAGAAGACUGUCUUAAUGCCAGAAUUAGAUCAAUAUCAGCAUCUAACCUGGGGGAAGCAGGGAUGGAGGUGUAGGGAGUAAGUAUAAGAACAUACAGACAGGAUAGUAGAUGGCUUGUAAUAAGAACAUUAACAGCCAAAGCUCAUAGCAACACCUGAUACAAAGAGUCAGUCAGCCGGCUGUUGCUGUAACCAAGUACCCAACACCUGACAAGACAAUCUCAAAGAAGACAGAAGGGUUUAUUUGAUCUUGUGGUUUCUGAGGUUUCAGUCUGUGGUCAGCUGACUCCAUGGCUUCUGUAGGCUGGUGAGGCAGAACAUCCUGGCAGUAGCAUGUGGCCAGGAAAUGGAGAGCUCCUUACAGGAAGGGGCCAGAGACAGGUGCACCCUUCAAAGGCUUCCCCCACACACCCUGUCCAGGAAGUAAAGAGUUCUUUUCAGGAAGGAGACAGGGAUAGAUGUGCCCUGCAAAGACUCCUGCCACUCACCGUGUUCCUGGGUGAAGGAGAUGGAUUAGUGGAUAAGCGUCAUCAAGCAGGCAGCAUCAAGGUGUGUGUUACUGUCCUGUUGGUUGCUGCUAUACAUGAUUGAACCCUGGCAUCUGCCUCAUAAGAACCUGCAGGUACCUGGCUAGCUUCACUGGAACUUAUAAUUAUAUCUGGUAUAUUCACACUGCACAGCACAUUUGAUAAAUUAUGCAGAUACCUGGUGCCUCCAGGCCAGCAUGUUCUUCAGAAGUUCAAGCCCGACGUGGGCCCAAGUCAGCAUUAGAAAGUCUCUUACUAAGCAUCACAGCCAGAGGAGCUUUUUUGUAAACUUAAAAUUUAAGAGUAGCACGCCAAGAGGACUUUUGAACAGCCAGCUCUGCAGAAACAGGCAUGAGAAAGGCCUGCAGUAGGCUCGAGACAAACCUGAGGCAGCACUGUGGGGCCAGAUGCACUUGGACACAAUAAUGACACAAUCCUAUGAGAAGCAAAACUGACAACCACGUCCUUAGAGCAGGAUGUGUGACCCCAGCUCCAUGGUCCUGAUGACACAGGGAAGUGGCACAUUCACAACUUUGUGCUUCUUAUCUCAGCUGUGUGUGUGUGCAGAUCAGCCAACUGCUUCGUAGUACAUUCUUAGCCUGCCAGUGAAACACGUUCAGGAUUUCGCAACCCAGACAUGCAUUCCUUUACAAGCACAGCAGAUCCAGUUUCGAUUCAAACUAGUUAAGCCGAAAUCCUCUCUAGUCACUGAUCAGAACCAAAAUAGAGAGGGGUUCAAUCCAAGCAUUCUUUCUCUGGUAAUCCCUACUUCCUAGCAUUCACGACUCCUUUCAGACCACAUCCUUCCUAGUUCCUGUGGGUAGACACAUCAGAUUAAGGUCAAGCCAUUCUGAACUUGGGGGCUCCUUUUUCUCUUCCAUGAGAAUUUGUUUAUGCAGAUUGCAAGACAUCUAGGACUAAGAUUUUUAUGACCCAACCUUUAAAGACUUAUCUGUAUCUUCCUUACUCUUAAGUCUUUAAUUAGAUAGCAGCUUAGUACAGAAGUUAAGGCAUCCCAGGUUGUAGCCUUUAAGCAGAAAUGAUCAGUAGAAAGAGCAGUGGGGUCUAGUUCCACACCGUGCCAGUGGGCAGCUGACUAAGGCCCAGCAUCCUCAUCUGUAAAAUGGAGAUAAGAUCUGUUUGGCUUUUGUGUGUGUGUGUGUGUGUGUGUGUGUGUGUGUGUGUGUGUGUGUGUGUGUGUGUGUGUGUAUGGCUUUGUUUUUUGUUUUUUGUUUUUCCAUUGCAAGUUGUUCUUGGGGAAAUCUGUGAUUAAUAUGACAGGAAAAUGCUUUGUAAGUUUCAAGGUGAUUUACAAAGGUAAACAAACUAUUAGGAAAUUUGUGGGGCUUUUUUUGUUUUGUUUUGUUUUGUUUUUACAAGUGAAUUGAAAAUUACUGUCACUCAAAGAUGUCUAUGUAGAACCUUUAUAAUUGCUUUGAAAUGUGCACUAACCUCUUUGGUUAAUCUUUCAGACCCCUUGGUCAAUGGUGUUCUGGCUCACUUAUGAAAAAAUCCGAGAGAUGAGUGGAGUCAGCCCAUUUUAAGCCCUUAAAGCUAGAGUGCUCAUUGUCACUGAACAAGAGCAUCUGCGACACACGCCCCUGUUAUUUCUACCUCUUUAGGAAGAUACUUUACUCCACAGAGACUGCGAUUUGCAGGGGGCAGCACUUUAUCUCUUUAUGGAAUCCCCAUGGAGCUCCCUCUGACUCCUCCUUUUACCUAAGAGCAAUCUGUCUGGUCCAAUCUCUCAAGACCAACCACUGAGACACAGCAAGGCGUUUGCUAACGGAUGGAACCCAGACCACUUUGACCUUGGGCCAGGAGGUUUGGACGUUGAGCUGCUGAUCUGUGCAGAAGCAGCAUCUGCCUUAGAGGAGCAGCAGAGACAGCCAGCAUCCCAGGCCUGGAUAGACGUCAUCCAUGUGGAAGACUAGUGCUUAGGAAACACAUUUAACCUUUGAGCCAGUUAUUUAUUGUUGCCGUUUGACAACUCUCGCUUUUCUGUUCGUAGAGUGCACAUAUCGUAAUCUACACAGAGGCAAAUGAGAAGUCAUGAAUAAACAUCUUGAGUUUUCUUAGUGCUGAAAGAAGUCGCUUAACCUUUUCCUGCAAGGAGGAUGGAAAGAUAAAAGAGGCAACUUGAAGUGAUGUUGGAUUGCAAGGAAAGAGGCCUCUUGAUCCUGGGUCUGCUGCCUUUGCAGGUGUCCUUUACUGGUUGCCACUGCUUUAUGCAUGCUAGAGGCUAGAGAUAUCCCCUGACAGCCACAGUCUGUCCGUAAGAACAGAACGCUUGCUCUGGAACACAUUCCAUUACAACCACAUUGGCCCAUAGCUCUGAGAAGCAUAACCAAGAGAACCACAAUAUACUUGUCUGAGACUGAGCUCUCGGGGCGUUCUUAGGAAGCGCCUCAUACGGUCAUCAGCUUUUCAGGAAUGUUUUGGGAGCAAGCUUACUCUCUCUUGUGUCACCCUCUGCAUCUCUCUUCUCUGUUACAGAGAGGAGAGGGCAGAGAGAGAGAGAGAGACAGAGAGAGACAGAGAGAGAGAGAGAGAGAGAGAGAACUCAGAUGUCGUGAAACUUUCAGAAACCUGAGUGUUAAUCAUUGAGUCUUACUCAUCCUCGCCUGUGGUGUGGCAAGUGCUCGCCGUCCGUGGUCCCUGGUAGCCUCUCCAGUCUUUGCAUCCAGUCCUUUUCUCUCUUUCUAGAAAGGUUUCUGCAGAUUCACACUCCCCCCCCCCCCCCAGCCUCAGACACAGGGUGUUUUAGGAUGGAUGGCUACAGCUCAGGGGUAACAGCUUGGGGAUAUGACUAGAAAAACUCCGACCACUCAGGCCCAAGGUAGAUCUCAGAGCCAACCGAAUAGCUGCUCUGAUGGGCAGAUGCUCCGACACGGCAGCGGCCCCGUCAGCGCUGUACGAAUGAGCGGAUGAAGAAUCACUGCCACUUCAAAGGAGGAAGCACACUUUUAAGGCCCUUUCAAUGUGUGUAACAAUCUCACUUUUCUACCGACAGAAGGUGGCGUUUGAUCCCUGUACAUCUUCAGGUUACCCACCUUUCUGUUGCAUCUGUCAGCCUGCAAUUGAGUUGCUAAGUAAUAUCUGUUAGCCUAUAGUAUGUGCUUAAGUCCCCAAGCAUUCUGCUCCACAAACAAAAUCACUUUGGGGGAGAUUUUGGUUUUUCUAUGUUUUCUAAUGUUUAUGACUAAGUAAAAAAUGGAAUCAAAUAAUUACAUGCAAACACAACUAUUGAAAAAAAAAUGGCUCAGCUUCCUUCUUUUGGGGGCUGGGGACUGGGACAAGGACACGUUGAUCCUUGGUUUGGAAACUGAAACCCAGAGAAAGGAGGGUGCUGGUGCUGCACAGUGCCAAGGUCCUGAGUGUUAUGGGUUUUAGAGUAGACCAUAAUAUCCCACACUGACGAGGUACCCAAGCAGACCCCUUACAUCGGCUUCACAGCAGCCCCGUCUCCGAUCCUGCGUCGUCUCCGGCUUUGUUUUUGUUAUUGUUGUUGAGGAUGAUGUUUCGUGUCAUACGUCAUCAGUAUAUCUGUGUUGCUCACAGCAUAAAGUUUACGCUGAAAUGGACUUGACCACUAAGAGUCAUCACCGUCUGGAUGCUUGUCAUGUCUCUGGCACAUAACCCAUUACUCCCAUGCUUUAUUAGAAAAUGCAGCCUCUUUGUACCCACUUGGAAUACGCUAGGUUCUUUUCAAAGUAAACACAUGAGAAAGCUCCCGUCUGUGACUUUCCUACUGUGUAACUCUGUAGCUGGCACUUCUCGGCCUCUGUAGCUCAAUUCCAGGCAUUUUUUCCUUUUCUUUCUUUUCUUUUUCUUUUUCUUUUUCUUUUUGCACUUUUACCUUUUCUCUAGUCAAAUAAUAUUUUUUUCUUUUUAAAAUCUAUGCAUAUUUAGUUAUAAAUUAUGUUCUGAUCUUUAAAAGCAAGUUAGCAAGUAUAUCUGAUUAAAGGGAUUGCAUUUCUUAAGUCUUAUUUUAGUUAGAAAUAAUAAGGGUUUUUAUUUAGUUCGUUUUGGUGUUGUUUUGUUUUUGUUUUUGACAUGUGUGGGUGAUUUGCCUGGAUGUGUGUCUCUGUACCAUUGCAUGUGGUUCCUAAAGAGGCCAGAAGAGGGCAUUAGAUCUCCUGGAACUAGAGUUACAGAUGGUUGUGAGCUGCCAUGUGGGUGCUGGGAAUUAAACUCAGACCUUCUGGAAGAGCAGCCUGCAUGCACUCUUAACCACUAGGCCAUUUCUCCAGCCCUGGGAAUAGCAGCUGUUGUUACAAAGCUCCAGGCCUUGCUGGGUUAUAAUUCUUCAGGUUGAGGACUGGGUAGGUGCUUUGUUUUAAUGUGAAUCACAGCCUUCAUUAAUAGCCUUCUUUGUUUGGUUGGUUGUUUAUUUAUUCAUUUGUUUGUCAGCUUACUUAUUUACUUAUUUAUUUUGGCUGCUUGGUAGCUAAGAAAAAUUGUUUAUUGCUAAUAUAAUAUUAAUAUACAAUAAAAUUAUAUAUUGCUAAUAUAAUCUAUAUUAGUUAUGUCAUCCUUAUUUUAAGACUAGCUGUCAUAUGAGUCUGAGUGUACCUCACCUUGUUAAUGUAAAAAGGAAACAAAUUGAAUAUUUAAAUGAAAUUUUUAUUAUUUAAUAGAUUCUCAGGUACAUUGAUUUCCAAUUGAGUUUAUACUUUUUUUCCCUCUCUAUAAACAAAACCAUAUUUCUGCAAGACAUCUCAUUGGGAAAAUGCAUACUUUUACUAUUUGAUGAUUCAGAGAAUGAGUUUUGACAUGGCAUGGUGGCAUAUACCUAUAAUCCUAGUUCUUGGGAGAUGGAGGGGGAUAGCCUUAUAGAAGCUCAGGGUCAUCCUGACCACUUGGCAGGUUCAUGGCCAGCCUGGGCUACAUAAAAGACCAUGUCUCCAAAUGAAACAAAACCAGAAACCAAAUAUUUGGUAAGAAAACCAUUCUCUUUUCCCAGGUUAAACCAAAGCUCUUCUUUAUAACAAUUACCAGUCAAACAUGUACUGUUACUGCGUGCCAGCUAGUACACGCAGUAACAGGGAAGGAAGCCUGACCCUGAAAUGUGAGGAUCCCCCCCCCACUUGCAGUCUGCACUUUUCUUUUAACAGAGCAGAACUCUGACACUGUGGUCUAGCCCUUCACAUCCCUAGAUUUCUGUUUCUUUAUAGGAAGGACUAGAGAAAUCACUGCUGUCUUUAUCUUAAUAUACUCGGUAUCUGACGGGGACAUCAUUUUGAUAGGUUUUUUUUUUUUUCAUUUAGAUUUUCUUUUCUCUGAGUAUAAUUAUUUCCUCAUAUUCCAAGGUUGUAAAAAGUCCUAAUCAAAAUAAAUGUUAUUCAUAUAGCAUUUGUUAUGUUAAUCUGUGCUGUUAACCUAGGCCUCUGCAUCUGGUCUGUCUCACUGGGAGCUUUGUUCUGUCUCAGGAUAGUUUCUCUCAGUAACUGGGAUGCCUCACUGAGUGGUAUUGCCUUCAGUUGCUCCAUCAUAUCCACAAUAGAGUUAAACUCCUUAGUGACAUGCUCAAGGUCCUCUCCGUCUGACCCCACCCUUUUUUCUGGCCUUCAUCUCUCCCUGCCUUUGCAUCUCUUCCUCCUUUCAGAUGCACAGCCCCCAGCUUACUCCCCUAGAGAUGUAUGUGGUGGCCCACUUGUCUGUGCAUUGUGAGGCCUUCGUUCUGAGUCCUUCACCUAACUUCUGUCUGAUCACCCCACCCAUCCAUCUUCAUCUAGAUUGGCUAAUUAGCCUUAUCAGAAGCUUUCCAGAGCCAUAGCACCCAGGGGUCCCAUUGUCUCCCCAACUAAGUGGAUAGAGAUGUUUUUCUUUCCUCCACGAGGGAGCUCUCUGAAAGCAGGGAUUCUAUAAUAGUUCUCUGUGAGCCACACGGAGGACAUCUGCUGAUUCAGGAGGAUUUUCUCUUUUGUAAGGAAAUGGAGAGAAAAACACUUAUGGACCGAUUGUUGUAUUUUAUUUUCCCUUCUAUCUUCAAAAGAAUUAUGCUGAAUAGCACCUCUAACUUCAUUAAGUUAUUUACAAAAUGUUUAACCUCCCACUGAAAGGAUCACUGGUGCUCAAACGUAGUAUAAUUUGUAAGAAAGGCCCUCUUCGUCUAUUUAAAGCCUUCCAUAAUGGGCUGGCAGGAUCUCUCAGCGAGGACUGGCACCUGCUACCAAGCUUGACAGCCUGGGUUCUACCCCAAGCUCCACAUGGUAGAACAGACACCCCUGACCUCCACACCCACAUUAUGACACACUCAUGCCCUACCACACACACAUUAGACACAUAAAAUUAAAAAACAAAAACAAAAAGCAAAAAACCAAACCAACCUGUGGAGGAAGGAGGAGGUAAAGGGGACAUUUCUAGUCUGUCCUGUGAUGCAGACUCAAUGAGGCAAGACCCCUGGGAGGGCAUGUGAUGUUUCGAGAGAGUAUAAAUAGGACUCAAGGGACAGGGACUGGACUCCUGCAUGGCUGCCUGUGCAGCUCUCCCUUGGUCUCCAGUCUUCGCUGAUCUUCACUUGUUGAGAGAGGCACGGCAGAGAACUCCUGGCCUUUUCAGCUGGUCCUGGUCAGUCCCACCGACUGGUGCCAGUUCAGCAGAGGCAUAGCAGUUUCUGCUGGAUCUUGCCACCAUUGCUGAUUCGUGGUUGGUGACACUGUUGAACUAGACUGUUGAUAUCCUGACACUACAGAACUGGACUGCUGGUAUCCUGACAAGAGUUUGGAAUCACUCCGAAGAGCUACUUCUAAACAGGUCCACCUCCCCGCCUCGUCCUAUUUACCAUCUUUUCUCUCCUAUCCUUGAAUGGUGGGCUAGAAGGGGGGUCAAAGUGCUUGAGAGCCCUUGUUAAAGUAGGUUUUGAAAAAUCUAAACGUACUGGUGGGGAGGAGCGAUCGGGAUGUAAAAUGAAUAAAUAAAUUAAUGAGGAAAAGAUGCCUCCCA